AUGGUUAUCGGAGCCGAUGGAAUACACAGCGUUGUGAGAAGCGAGAUGUUGCGCAUCGCAGGAGAGACUCAGCCAGGAUACUUCCCCGCUGGAGAAGAGGAUCGCGUCCCUUGUUACUACCAGUGCAGUUUCGGCAUUGCGCAGACGGUCACCGGCUGGCCGCAAAACGAACAGUGUUUCACCACCGAACACCAUAAGGCAUUUCUCGUCUGUUCUGGCCCAGACGACCGAGUUUACUGGUUCCUAUUUGUCAAACUGCCGGAGGAACACCAGUCCUUGUUAAUCACGGAAACCCUCACUUUUGGCCAGGUCUUUGCCAAACGCAUAACGUCAACUCUGACGCCACUUCAUCAAGUGGUUUUUGAGAAGUGGUUCUUCAAUCGCCUGUUGCUCAUUGGAGAUUCAGCGCACAAGCCAAAUCCAAUCAGUGGAAUGGGAGCCAACGGCGCAAUGGAAUCAGUUGCCGAGUUCGUCAAUGCUUUGCUCGAGAAGAGAGACGAACGAGCAGAGGGCCUCAGCGGCCUCAGCACGGAAGAAAUCAAUGCCAUCUGCCAUAAGAUGCAAAGCACCCGCCAUGAUCGAGCCAGACGCACCGUCUCCGCAUCGAAAAACAUGCAAGCUCUUCUGGCAUUUGAGAAGCCCGUCAUCUCUACGCUCGUAUGGCGUGUUUUUGGACCACUCACUGGCGACGAUAGCCCUUUGCGAAUACUGGGCGGGAGAACUCUUGCAGGCUCGCGUAUUAACAAGCUCCCUAUUCCGUCUCGGCUGCGUGCGGUGCCAUACCAUCAUGAACUUCCCGCAAAGCCUCUCACAAGUGGGCGAGCGGCCCUUGUUCGACUGCUGUACACCGUGGUUAUGGGUCUUCUGUUUUGGAUGUCAUUUCAUACAGUACCAUUCUGUGAGGGAACAGGCUGUGAAGACAUCGAAUCUGUCAAGACUGCCGUGCUUGGAAUUGGCGGGACCGUCGACACACUUGCGUCUUUCAUGCGUCAUCCACUGCUCAAGUCUGACGCGGUUUCCGUGCUGCCAUUUGUCUACCUUCUAUCCCAGUCAAUCUCGCCCCUAUUGAUAUACACAAUCGAGGGAUAUAGAGCUGGCAACGAGGGCACGCCAUCCGCUUUCUCGUUUCCAUACACGGUUGGCCUGCAAGUCUUCGGCAUAUGUCGAGCACUUCCGCUGCUUGCCAUUUUAACAGUCUCUCUGCCGUUUGAUGCGACCGCGGGCCGCUUUGUCGAACACAACGUGGGAAAAUCCCUGGUGCCAGCAUUGGCUUUCGGUUAUGUUUUUCCAACGCUCAUGAUGCUGGCGCCACUAGUCAAUCUCGAGAACCUCAACACGUGGAUGUGGGCGGGUUUGUCACCUCUACUGCUUCCGAAUCGCAAAAAGUCUUACCUCGACCGUUAUACAAUCCCGGAUGUCCCGAUUUUACAGUUCGCAUAUGGUUUUGCCUUUGCCAUCCAAGCCACUGCGCAUUCGGCAGCACUAUUAUAUGGUUACUUCCACCUGAAGAUGUUUACUGCAGGUGUUUCUAGUGCGGAGAGCGACGGAACUCUGGGGGUGUUGAAAUCCUUCUUGAGAAGCGACGCCGUGUUAGCUGCAGCUACUAUUUCGAUUCACAACUUGUAUGCCGUUUGGGACCUGUGACGUUCGGGAUACACGACAACCCGCGACGCAUUUACGACCUGUUCCAACAUACUGCUUGGCCAAGUCAAUGCUGGCCCAGGAGCGACUUGGGCUGGACUUUGGA